UAGUGUUCGGCUGCGAAAGAUUUCACCAUUUCGUUUAUGGCCGUUCAGUGACACUCGAAAGCGAUCAUCGUCCUCUUAUCGACAUAGCAAAAAAGGCGAUAUCAGAAAUGCCCCCACGUGUGCAGCGAUUCUUCCUUAGGCUGUUACGUUACGAUUACGUACUCACUUUUGUUCCUGGUAAACAGUUGAACCUGGCGGACAUGCUGUCGCGAUCCCCUGGUCCUGGAGACGGCACUCCAGUGGACACUACAGACGUGGACCUUCAUGCUGUCAGCAUGGUAUCAUCACUCGUUUCUGAGAGGACGUCUGGACGCCUGGCACAUGUGGACGAGCUUCGUGACCUGUCGACAACUUCCGUCAUCGAUGCACUCCGUGCCAUGUUUGCAAGAUAUGGCCUCCCGUUGCAGUUAUGCACCGACAACGGGCCACAGUUUGCCAGUCAUGAGUUUGCCCAGUUUGCCGCACGGUACGACUUCGAGCAUUCCCAGGGCGCCUGCGGCCUGGCCUUCAUAUUCCAGUACGGAAUCGUAUCCAGCUGCGACCUCAUAUUCGGACAUCUCGGCAUGAAGCUCACCGUUGAUCUUCGUGAGCUCAUUCGUGCUCUUCUCGGGGCGCGGAAGGAGAGUCCGGAAUGA